CUCUCUUCCAACUGUGUGUGCACUGAUGAUCGUCGUUCGUACGUUGACGUCGUCGUCGUCGCGUCUUUCCAGUUUGGUUGAUGGGUUUUGUUGUCUAAAUUUCCGUGCUUACCGAAUGUGUCCGUGCGCCCGCUGUUGUGUUUUUCUCCAGCGUGUGUGAAGUGCGUAUGUUUGUGUGUGUGCGUCUUAAAAGGUUUUGUGAAUGGAAAUCAGCCCCAGUAGGAAACGAAAGCAUAAAUAAUAAAUCGAUCGACAAAGCCAGCCCAACGCAGCUUCAUGUUUGUGAGUGAAAAAACGAUUUUCUCGUGAAGAAAAUUAGCGCACAAACGCGUGUGCCUGCAGUGGUGAUUCGGGGGGAAAAAUAGCGUACGUGAAUACGAAAAUCAAUCGAAAAAGAUAUAAGGAUGGAUAAUUUCGACGAAGAAAUAUAAAUCCAUUCCAAAUCGGAAGAUUCAGUGGUGGUGACGAGUGAAGUGAUUUAAUUGUGACGAGAGAGAAGCGAGAGAGAGAGUGUCAAAGUUUGUGCAUCUCGCGAGUGAAAAGUGUCUUUAUUUUGUAUUUUUUGUUAUUAUAUCAUUAAUAUUCAACUAAAGUGCCAUUAACAACAGCAACACCCCACUACUGCGCAACAAUCGUCCUUACAUAAUCAGUGCGCAAGAAGCUUCAAAUAAUACCCACCCUUACCAGUAUAUAUUCGUUCCGCUUGUGUUUUUACAUCGUUUAACCAACUACUAAAGCAGCAAACCAACAACACGAUUAAAAAGGAAUAAAACAACAAAAAAAAACAUAAAAAAGGAAACAACAACUUAAAUCCUCUUAUAACCAACAAAACAACGGCUUCGAUCGAUGUAAAACGAGUACGAAAACGAGUAGCGCAACAUUAACGAGGAGCAAAACGAAACGAAGCAAAAAGAGUCGCUCCCUCUCUAACUACGAAAAUCCGCUCACAACGGGAGAAGAACAGCGGAAACAAUGUCAACGCAAUCAUACUACAAGGACCGGCUCGGGUUCGAUCCGCGGGAAGCACUGUACGACAACAACAAUGGUGAGGUGCAGCAGCACCACACCAGCAGCAGCUCGACCAGCAUCAACAACAAUCAUCACCAUCAGCAGCAUCAGCAGCAACAGUACCAUCAAACGAUUACGACCACCACAACGCACCGGCACAGCAUCGGUGGCAGUGGUGGUGGUGCUGUGGCCACUAGCAGCAGCGGUGGCACAACAAUAGUGGGCAAAAACCAUCACUACUACAACAAUGGUGGCGGUGGUGGUAGCCCCGGCCCAGGCAACGGUACCGUAGGUGGUGGCGGCACCAGUCCGCACAACGGUGGCAGUCAUCAUCAUCAUCAUCACAACAACAACGGUGAAUACUACCAUACAACGCCGGCCAAACGUCAUCGGCAGUCGUUCACGGCGACGUCACCGGCGACCGGCUCGUCGCUGAACGUUACCAGCCAGGGCGGCUACGAGGAUGCGCUGACACAGUUUAAAGGUACUGAAUUGAUGACGAUAUGGGAACAUUUUGUUUGGGAUACGAUAGAUGAGCGAGAUGCCAUACAGAAGAAAACUUUCACGAAGUGGGUCAACAAACAUCUGAAAAAGCAUUGGAAAUAUUUAAAGACCUACACCCAUUUACAUGUUUGCGUAAUCAUCAACGGAUUACCCUGUUGUCCGCCAGCUGCCUCUCGUCGUGUCGAUGACCUAUUCGAAGAUCUGCGCGAUGGACACAAUCUUCUUUCUCUCUUGGAAGUAUUAUCUGGCGAACAUCUUCCAAGGGAGAAAGGAAAAAUGCGCUUCCACAUGCUGCAGAACGCACAGAUGGCGCUCGACUUUCUGCGGUACAAAAAGAUCAAAUUAGUCAACAUCCGGGCGGAGGACAUCGUGGACGGCAAUCCGAAGCUAACACUGGGUCUAAUAUGGACCAUCAUUUUGCACUUCCAGAUUUCCGACAUUGUCGUCGGACAAGAGGACAAUCUGACUGCCCGGGAGGCGCUGCUCCGAUGGGCCCGCCGCUCGACCGCCAAAUACCCGGGCGUCCGGGUGAACGACUUUACCAGCUCGUGGCGCGACGGUUUAGCAUUCUCCGCGCUCAUCCACCGGAAUCGACCCGAUCUGAUCGACUGGCGAGAAUCACGAUCGCGUCGACCGCGGGAGCGGCUCGAGGUUGCUUUCCACGUCGUCGAGAAGGAGUACGGCGUUACGCGAUUGCUGGAUCCGGAAGACGUCGACACGAACGAGCCGGAUGAGAAAUCGAUGAUCACCUACCUGAGCUCGCUGUACGAUGUGUUCCCGGAGCCGCCGCAGAUGCACCCCCUGUUCGACAUGGACUCGCAGCGCCGCGUGCAGGAGUACCGCGAGCAGGCCCAGCAGUUGCUGUACUGGUGCCGGGAGAAGACAUCGCUCCUGCAGGAGCGGGCCUUCCCGACCACGCUGAUCGAGCUGAAGCGGCUGCUGACCGAUCUGAACCGGUUCCGCACCGAGGAGGUACCGCCGCGGCAGCGCGACAAGCAGCACCUCUUCUCGAUCUACAAGGAGCUGGAGAAGUACUUCGAGUCGAUCGGCGAGGUGGACGUCGAGACGGAGCUCCGUCCGGAGGCGCUGGAGAAGGCGUGGCACCGGCUAAUGUCGGCGCUGGCCGACCGCGACUCGAUCCUGCAGCAGGAGGUGCAGCGGCUCGAGCGGCUGCAGAAGAUCGCCGAGAAGGUGCAGCGCGAGUACAAGCACACGGAGACGAUCAUCACGAAGAUUGAGACGCGAAUCUCAGAGGAAAGCCGCCGCAUCGAGCGUCUGCAUCCGGUCGAGGCGAAGAACAUCGUCGAGGGACUGGACGGGGACAUACGGCAUCUGGAGCAGCCGCUGCAGGAGAUGAACGACGAUUGUCACAACCUGAAGGAUGGUCGCUAUCCGCAGGCGAGCGACCUGCAUAAGAAGGUCACCAAGCUACAUCAACGUUGGUCCCAGCUAAGGACAACAUUCCAUACUAGCCUAGUACAAAAACUGUCCGGUCUGAGCUAUCCGGUGCAAGAGACGACGAUCACGAAGCAAACGCGCGUCGUCACGGAAACGCGACAGAUCGGCACCAACCCCUACUUCCGGGAUGUGCAAGAGUACACUGAAUGGUGCCAAUCGAAACUGAAACAACUGCAUACCUCCGACUACGGUUCUGACCUUCCGUCCGCUAAAGUGGAACUCGAGCGCCAUCAGCACGAGCACAAAGUGAUCGACCAGUUCCACUCUAAAAUAGCCCAGUGCGAACGGCACGCGUCCAACUUCACCGGCGAGGAGCUGCAGCUGUACCGGCAGCGCCUGAGCCAGCUGCAGAAGGUGUACGCCGAGCUGCUGAGCACCUCGACCAAGCGCCUGUCCGAUCUGGAUGCGCUCGUCGAUUUCUUGGCGACCGCGACGGCCGAACUUAGCUGGCUGAACGAUCGCGAGCAGAUCGAAGUGAGCCGCGACUGGGCCGACAAGAACCUGGACCUGUCGGCGGUCCAUCGGUACUAUGAGUCUACUUACAUCAAGCGUACUUAUGGAAAUGGUGAGGAAAAUCUCAUGUCCGAGCUGGAAAAACGCGAAAUGCAUUUCGCUACCAUUCUGGACCGCGGCGAGGCCCUGCUCGUCCAGUCGCACCCAGCGUCCAAGUGUAUCGAGGGCCACCUGCAGGCGCUCCAGUCGCAGUGGUCCUGGCUGCUGCAGCUCACGCUCUGCCUCGAGGUGCACCUGAAGCAUGCGACCGACUACCACUCGUUCUUCGACGAGGUGCGCGAGGCCGAGAACUGGCUGACCAAGCGGGACGAAAUUCUGAACAGCAAGUACUCGCAGUCAGAGUUUACGCUCGACCAGGGCGAAUCGCUGCUGCGCGGCAUGCAGGACAUACGCGAGGAGCUGAACGCGUUCGGCGAAACGAUUGCGCAGCUGCAGCACCAGGCGACCGCGAUCGUGCCAUUGAAGCAGCGCAAGCAGCCAGUGAACCGGCAGUGCACCGUGCAGUCGAUCUGCUCGUACAAGCAGGGCAACAUUUCGCUGGACAAGAACGAAACCUGCACCCUGCUGGACACGUCCGGGCGCGUCAAGUGGCGCGUCAAGACAUCGAAGGGCGUCGAAGGGUCCGUGCACGGCGUGUGUCUGCUGCUGCCGCCGCCCGACCAGGAAGCGAUCGAGGCGGCCGAACGGCUGAAGCGCCUGUUCGACCGCUCGGUCGCGCUGUGGCAGAAGAAGCAGCUCCGCCUGCGGCAGAACAUGAUCUUCGCCACCAUCAAGGUGGUGAAGGGCUGGGACUUUGAGCAGUUCUUGGCGAUGGGGGCGGAACAGCGGACGGCCAUCCGCCGGGCGCUGAACGACGAUGCGGACAAGCUGCUGGCCGAGGGCGAUCCGGCCGAUCCGCAGCUUCGCCGACUGCGCCGCGAGAUGGACGAGGUGAACCGGCUGUUUGAUGAAUUCGAAAAACGUGCCAGAGCAGAAGAGGAGAGUAAGCAGGCCAGCCGCAUCUUUACGGAGCAGUGCAUAUCGCUGAAGACGCGCCUGGAGGAGAUGGCCCGCGAGCUGGACCACAUCAUCCUAUCGCCGAUGCCGCGCGAUCUCGACUCGCUCGAACAUACCGUCCAGAUACUGGAGGACUACAAGCGCCGUCUCGGCGGGCUGGAGCCGGACCUGAAGCAUCUGCAGGAAACGUUCCGCACGAUCACGCUGAAGACGCCGGCCCUGAAGAAGAGCCUCGACAAUCUGAUGGACCUGUGGAAGGAGCUGAACACGCAGGCAGGCUUGCACGGCGAUCGGUUGAAGCUGCUCGAGGGUGCACUGGCCGGGCUGGAAGACAACGAACAGGUGAUCUCCGAUCUGGAGGGCAAGCUGUCGCGCCAGCUCGAGCUACCGUCGACCCAGGAAGGCCUGUACGAGGUGUACAAGCGGCUGACCGCUAUACAGGAAACGAUUUCGAGCCAGCAGCCCGAAAUGGACAAGAUGAACGAUUCGGCCGAUCAGCUCGGUCGCAUGGGCGUGCCGACGAAGGUGCUGGGCGACCUGAAACGCCUACACUCGAACGUGGAGCGCUUGAACUCGCGCUGGAACAACAUCUGUGGACAGCUGGCUGAGCGCAUGCGCAGCGUAGAAACGGCAAUCGGCUUGAUGAAAAACCUGCAAACCAGCAUUGUCGUGGAGGAGACCUGGGUGGAGAAGCAGACGGAGAAGCUGCAGGCUCUUCCGACGGCAACAUCCGCGCGGGAGCUCGAUUCGAUGCUCGGCGAAACGGUGGAACGCAUUCCGAAGGUUGAACAGGUUAAUCUCACCGGUGGCCGCUUGAUCCGAGAAGCUAAGAUCUACGAUGGUAAAUGUGUUCACUAUAUCGAUUGGUUGAGCGAAGUACGGCCCAGCUUUUCGCCUCCUCGACAGGAUCUCCGGCCGGCAAAUGCCGAUCCCGGCGCGACGGAAGUGUACUCGAAGCGGCUGGACACGCUGAACGGUCGCUUCGAGACGCUGCUCGAACAACUGACCCAGCGGCUGAAGACGGCUAUCGAGGUGAAUGGCGCGGACGGAUUGCGCUACGCAGAAAGUCUUCACAAGCCGCUCCGGACCUAUCGGGUCGAGUUCAAUCUUGGUCGACCGGCAAACAAUGGCACUGAGGGCCACCAGGAGGUCGAGGAGGACAUCUACACCUCGACGUACAGCACAUCGCAAAUUACCAAGAUCACGAACAACAAACUGAUCUACGAUACGAUCGAUAAGAAUGGCAUGCCGACGACUGCCGCGUCCCAGCUGCGCGAGAACGGAUCGCCCACGAAAGCAAAGCCCACGGAUGGCGCAGGCGGCUACCCGACCAACGGUGCUUCCUCGGUGCAGUUCACGGAGAUUCGCAGCCUGAAGCGAAUUCAGCGCACGAGCGAAGCGGUCGGCACGAACGGUGAAGAGGACGGUGCCCCUGCCCUGCUUGGCGACGGUGAUAACAUACUGAACACACCGGGCAUUAUCGAUCCGACCACCGGUCGGACGCUGACCGUCGGUGAGGCGAUCCGGUUGCGUGUGCUGGACGUGCGCAGCGGGCUGCUAAACGUGAGCACGACCGGUGAGCGCAUCAGCCUGGAAGAGGCGGCCCUGCGCCAGCUGAUCGAUCCGGCGCUGGUGGGCAAACUGUUGCGGCCCGGGGCCGCCCUCGACCGAGACGGCCGCCCCCUGAGCCUGCUGGAGGUGAUCCAGAAGGAGAUACUGGAGGCGGAGAACGGUGGAUCGUACGAGAGUACGGAGAAGCGCAUCAAGGUAACGACCGAGGGCAUCAACGAGCGGCAGCAUAGCGGCAGUAGUAGAGCGGCCAUCGCUGACGGUGGUGGUAGUGGUGGUGCUGCGGCGGCGACGGUGGCGGCGACGACGACGGCGUCCUCCUCCUCGCAGCAGCAGCGCGCUGUAAAGUAUAGCACUAAGGAAGCAAAAAGUAUUGUCGAUGCGAUCAAGCAGGGCCUGGUGGAUGUGACGGCCGGCGGUGGCGGCGGCCUCUACCGCACGCCGUCCGGCCGGGAGCUUUCGCUGGCCGACGCGUACGAGUGCGGCUAUUUGGUUAGGAGCGAGGCGAUCAAGAUAGCACCGCACACACUCUGUCUGGCCGAUGCGCUGGCGCAGGGGCUGGUCGAUACCGGCGGCUGGGUGACGGACCGUAACACUGGCGAUACGUUCCGGCUGGACUCGGCCAUCGAGCGGCAGCUGAUCGAUCCGCACGUGCGCGAGGUGGUGGACACCAAGCACGACACGAAGGUGACGGUUGCGCAGGCGCUCGAGCAGGGCAUCAUCAACGCGCGCACCGGACGGUACAUGAACCCGCAGACGAAGGAGAAGCUGACGUUUGCGGAGGCGCGGCACCGGCAGCUGAUCGGCAAGCCGCUCACGCUGAAGGACGUGUGCGAUCUGCAGCUGUACGAUCAGAGCGAGCGCAUUGCGUCGCCGACGAGGCGCGAGCGGGUCAACAUUCCCGGCGCGAUCAGUUUGGGCGUGCUGGAUGGGGAGAAUGUGCGGUCGAUCUUUAAGACGGGCGGGGCGGAACUGUUGACGCUGGCGGAAGCGAUGGAUCAGGGCAUUGUGCUGCCGUUCGAGAAUCGCUACCGGCAUCACGAGACGGGCGAGCUGAUGACGAUUCCGGAGGCGGUCGAUCGCGGGCUGAUCUCGUCCGUGUCGAUACGGUCGAUAUUUAACAUACACGGCUUUAAGGAUCCGCACAGCGGCGAGUUUGUGUCGUUCAAUAUGGCGCUCGCGAAGAACGUGCUGCGCAAGCGGGACGGGCAGUUUAUGCUAGACAGUGGGAAGGGUGUUUUGCUGCCACUGGGCGAAGCGGUGGGACUGGGUCUGGUGCGACCGGAGGUUUAUGAGAUGUUUAACCGGGCGAUAGGUGUGCAGGAUGACCGGGCGGACCGGGAGCUGUCGCUGAUCGAGCUGGUGUAUCGCGACCACAUCGAUCCAAAGACGGGCUUCCUGCUCGAUGCCGCCCGCCGAGUGCUACCGCUCGAGCCGGCCAUCGAGCGGAAGUUUAUCACGCCCGAAGGAGCACUGCUGUUGAUCAGCCUGCUCAACAUUACGCUCACGACGGAAACGGUCACGAAAACGAUCAAGCGCUACGUCACCAUUACGCACACGGGCGAAGCGCCGGAAGGGCAGCCCCAGGUGCUGCUAUCGUUUACCGAAGCCGUACGGCAAGGUUUGAUUGACGAGCAGACGCGCACGUACCGCGAUCCGGCCACCGGCAAUCUAUACUCCAUCCAGCAGGCCCUCAACCAUGGGCUGCUGCUGCCGGACACGGAAGCGCUGCCUGAGCAGGCUGCGAGAGGGGUACCAAGUGGUAGCGGUGCUACCGCACCGAUCCAGUUUGAAACGCGCGUAGUAAAGGGAGCAAACAGUCGCACGCUAAACAUUACGACCGAGUACCUCGAGCGGGCCGACAGCGAGCUGCAAACGUUCGAGCUGCCGGCGAACGGGUGGCCACUGAACGAAGCGAUCGAGCGGCAGCUGCUGAACCCCGACACGGGCCUGCUGGUAAUUCCGGGCACGGAUCGGUUGGUUAGCUUCGAGGAGUGCAUUAAGCUGCAAAUCAUUAACCGCCAGUCGGCGUUCGUGUCCGAUCCGAAAACACCGGAACGGCGCGUGACGAUCGACCGGGCGCUGGAGAAGAAGAUACUCGAUCCGGUCGGGCGGUACAGUGCGCGCAAGGGUGCCGAGCCGCUCACGAUGCGGCAAGCCAUCGAGCAGGAGUAUAUCAUCUUCGAACAGUGCCUACCGUCGGCGACGGUUGCGGACGGGUCGGAGAAUCGAACGAUACAGGUGACGAAACGCACCGGACAGCCGGAUCGGGUGGAAAUUUCAAACCCCUCGGCAAAGAACUCCACCUUGGUGGAGGUGAAGGUUGUGGCGACACCGGAGCUCAUGAGCCCCGAGCCGCUGCAGCUAGCGCCGGGCGUUAUUUACGAUCCCAGCACGGCGCUUGUCAUUUUCGCUGAAACGGGACGGUCGGAUAGUAUACUGGGUGCGGUAGCGGGUGGCAAGAUCGACCCGAGCCUGGUGCAGCUGGUCGAUCCGGCAAACCCGGCCGGGGAGAAACUGUCGAUAGCGGAAGCAAUCAAGCGUGGCCUUAUUGAUGAGCAGACGGGUGAGAUACGCACUGCCAGCGGUCCGAUCAGUAUGAUCGAAGCCAUCCAGAAGGGACUCCUAUUAGUGGCAGGCGCUCCACUGGUUGCUGCCGCCGGAGCGAUUGACUCCCUCAAGCUGUUUACCGAUCCCGUCACGGGUGAGGAAAUUCCAAUCGAGUUGGCGUACGAAAGGGGUCUUAUUACCCGCAGCCAGCUGCCAAGCCCGGAGCGAGCUGCUUUGUUGAGGAAAAAACUCAGCGUGGAAAGUAGACGAUCGUCGGAGGGUAUAACGACGGUGGUAACGAAGGCUGGCUCGCUUGAGUACGGCCAGGAGCCGAAAAAACUGCAGAAGAUGCGUAAGUGUGUUCUGCGUCCGAAGGAUGCGGCCGAACAGGGCAUAAUCGAUGCCGAGACGGCACAGAAAUUGGAAGAUCCAGCUCUCUUUUCGAACCCAUCCACGACGCUAGCCGAUGUCCUGAAGAGUGGACAGCUGAAGGGCGAAAGUGGCAGGAUCGUCGAUCCUCAGCGGGGUCAUGUGCUCAAUUUGAAGCAAGCAGCCCAGCGAGGUAUACUGGAUCUGCACGGUACGAACAUGAUAUUUGUACCGAUUGCACGCUGCCUUAGUCUUCCUGCGCUUGAGACGCAGGGCUUGCUGAACCCGUCCGACUCUCGAAUAUACCAUCCCGAGUCUGGGCAGCUGCUGACGCUGCGGGAAGCGCUGUUGUGCGAAAUAGUCGAUCCCCUAGCGGAGAUCACAGUGAACGAGCAAUCCAUGCCGCUGGAGCAAGCGAUCAGUGCCGGUUUGGUGGACGAGGAUCGUUGCACGAUUGGUGGGGAAUUGAAGAUUGCCGAUGCAAUCGAUCGGGGACUGUGCCAACCAUCCAACUACGAGUCAAAGAUACCGCCAAUCGGAAUGUCUCUGCCGGUGGUGGUGGAACGUGGUUUGCUGGACGUCGCGCGAAAGGAAGUAACGCAUCCAAUCUCACGCGUCCCGAUGCCUUUGGAGUCAGCGUUGAGGAAUGACUUUAUCAUGGCUACUCCGUACACUCCCGACGUGGACGGUGUGCAACUGCUGGACGCCAUCGAUCGGGGUCGCAUUGAUACGACCAAGGGUACGUACAAGACCCCGCUCAAGGGUACGGCUGAGAUAGUAGACAUACCGUUGCGGGAAGCAAUCGAUACGGGCAAGCUUAUUGUGAAGCCGCUGCCGAAAUUGAUCCAAAACUUGCAGGCGAAUCAUGCCGUCACGUCGGUACAGGAAACGGUGGCCGCAUUCCAUACCAUCACCACCAAGACGGUGGAAAUUCAGUCCGGCUAUGCGCUGAUCUCGGCAAACGAGGUUCAGGACUUGCAAACCGGCGCAAUCAUGUCUGUUGACGAGGCAGUUAAGCAGGGUAUUAUGACACAACCCGAAGAAACGCGUGAAGAACUGACCCAGCAGGAGGUGAAAAUUGGUUUGAAUGAAGCACUACAGCGAGGGCUGCUGGAUGUGACGAAGGGUACGUUUAUCCAUCCGAGCACUGGGGAAGUGAUGUCGAUUUCCGUUGCCGUCGAUCGUGGCUUCAUUGGAUCCCACUCGUCGAGCGAGGAAACGCUCAACCGGUCGCCGGAAAUGUCUCACAAAGCUAUCGGAAAAGUGGAUGUGGCUGAGAGCACGCCUUCCGAUUCGCCGAAGAAGACGGUACCACUUGAAGCUAGUGGACAGUUGGGACCUAUGUCCCAACAGCCUUCGGGUACGCCUGUUGGAGGUGUUUUAGAUCGCAGUCAAAUCGCACAGUCGGCACCUUCUGCUGUGGCUUCAAACAGCUCAACCGCUCCAUCGAGUGGAAGCAACAUUGGCAACAACAUCAAGGAUGCUGCCAAGCUUGGCCUUAUGGCUGUGGUAGGUGCACCGGUACUGGGCGGCAUGGCCAUUGCCGGGGCAGUAAAGAAAGCUUUCGAGAAGAAAGACAAAGGUGACACAGCUAGUGCGGCAGGUUUUGAAGUCGUUGGAAACAUUGAGGAACCAACGGUACCGUUCGUAAAUCUGGCAACGGACGAGAUUCUGGAUCCAACUGCUAAUCAAUUUGCUCAAGUGCAACCGAUGGUUGACUCCAGUGCUCAAAAGAUGCCAGCUGAACAAGACACUGAAAAGGCACCGGAAGCAAUAGAAGCGCUGGAAAAUGUCAAACAACUUGCAAAGGCUAUGGUAGAACCAGUCAAACCGGAAGAAAAUUCCACCGUAAAAGAAGAACUGGUAACUCCAACCCCAGUAGGAACAGAUAGCGAAGAUCAGCUCCUUGCUCAGAAGAAGCCAGUAAAAUCAGAAAAAGACUCGUUGAGCCAAUUUUUAGAUGCGGAAAAGUCUGCAUCAGCAGCUGCUCAAUUACCGCAAGAACAGGCAGGCUCAUCCAAACUUGCCGAAGCUUCCACGGAUGUUGAGAGUGGAGCUUCGGACAAACUUCCUGCGGCAGAUCCAAACACAGCUGCUCAAGAUGCACCACCAAAUGAUUCAAUUUCGAAAUCAAAACAAACAACCGAACAGAUGCCCGAGGUAGGCGAACAAUCACUGAAAGUGGAGGAAGACACAACUCCCCUUGAAACAAAAUCUGUAGAGCAGGUUGUGGUUCCACAGACGAAGAAGGGAACUGAUUCCAUUAGUGAUUCCACAGAUGCCAACAAUGAAAAUAAUAAGCUUGCAUCUGUCCCUGAAGUUGCCGCAACAACUGGUAGUGCAAUUGCUGAUGUUAAGGCAUCUGAUCCUUCAGAAAAGCAGGACGAGAUGGUGUCUCAGGAAGCUCCAAGCGUGAGUUCUUCAGAAGAAGUACAAAAAACAAAAACGAUCCCUGAACCCACAACGCACAGCUCUUCCAAUAGCUCAGCUAUUGAGGAUGCUCACGUAGCUAAACCCUCCAAUGUGCCAACAGCCAUCCCAGAGGAAGAAAUCGCUCCUCAACUCUCGGGAGAUGUAUCGUCCAACUUCCAGAAGGCAGAGGUGCCAAGCACUACCGACGGUGGUGCUGGAAGUAAGCUAAUGGAUGCAGCCAAGUUAGGUCUCAUGGCUGUCGUGGGAGCGCCUCUGCUGGCCGGCAAGGCAGUGGUAGAUGCACUAAAGUCUGACAAGCAACCUGCAGCGGUAGGAGAAGUUGUAGCCACCGGGGUAGAACCUACCGAGCGACACGUCACGUUCGUGGAACGUCCUUCGGAGCGUCCCGAACGGAUGACACUGGGAGAGGCAAUAUCGCAGGGCAAAAUUGAUCCCAAGCACUGCCGCAUCCUGGUAGACGAUAAGCAGAUGCCUUACACGGUAGAGGAGGGCCUAAAUCAGGGCAACGUGCGCAUCUACGAUGUGGUUGACGUGCUGUCGAAGGAACGCAUUUCGUUCGUCGAGGGCGAGGAAGGCGAUGAUGCACUUGUGCUGGACGCAUCGCUUACCGAACAGCGGCUGGGCGAGCUGGGAGUGUAUGAUGUGGAGAAGGGAUACUUCCUCGAUCCAACGACCGGCGAGCGUGUAUCGUUCCGGGACUUUAUCUACAAUGCCGGUGCACUGAUCGAUCCGACCACGAUCUUUGUGAAGGAUCUUGGCAGGAAUCGGUUUGAGCGGUUAGAUGUGGCUUUGAAGAAGCAUCUGAUCGAUAAGCACACUGGGCAUAUGCUGGAUAACAAGACGGGCAAGAAGAUCAAGUUCGUGGAAUGCUGCCGCAGGGGCUGGAUCGUACAGCGUGAGCCGGCGGGCGAUGAAGAUCUAUCCCCGACCCUGGCCGAAGUCAUUGACGCUGGGCAGAUCAAUCCGCAGACGGGAGAGUUCAUUCAGAACAAUGAAAGCAUCCCAAUUGCCGAAGCGUUGCGUGCAGGGUUCAUUGACAAUGAUUCGCUGUCGGUGAGGGAUCCUACCGAUGGGCAGAUCGUACCGCUAGCGGUCGCGAUCGAGAAGGGCAUCAUCGACCUGAAGCUGGGUGUGCUGUUCAACAAGGACACCCAGGAGGAGAUCGAUCUGAACGAAGCGUACGUUAAGGGGUAUAUGCUGGAGGGCAAACGGAAGCCAAUCUCGCUGGAAGCGGCCGUACUGAAGGGUUUGUACAAUCCGGAAUCGGGCCUCAUUCUCGACACGAUCACGGAGGAGAUGGUGGACGUGCAGCAGUCCGUCGAUAAGGGUAUCGUCGAUCCGAAGAUCUCCAACGUGAAGGAUACGAAGGAGAACACGCUGGUCCCGCUGCAGGAUGCGCUCGACAUGAAGCUGAUCGAUGCCGAAUCGGGCAAGCUGAAAGAUACCGCCAGCGAUCAGCUUAUGGCACUGGACGUGGCGGUUGAAAAGAACCUCAUGGACACGAAGCACGUGACGCACAGCUUGAUCGAUGUGCUGAGCCGUGAGUUCUACAACCCGGCUACCGGCAAGAUUCUCGACCCGGCCAAUGGCGAUGAAAGCAACCUGAAGGAUGCAAUCAACACGCAGCUGGUAGAGAUCGACAGUGUGCUGAUUCGGGAUGAGGCACGCGAAAGCGUUGUCAAGUGUCGGGACGCCAUUGCGAGUGGGCUGGUCGAUGAUGUGAGGGGCGUUCUGACACGGCCAGAACUUACGCUCGACCGGGCCUAUCAGAAGGGGUACGUGCUGAGCAACAAGAAACCGAUCUCGUUGGCUGACGCACUGCUGCGCGGUUUUUACGACCCAACGACCGGGAAGCUGUUGCUGGAGGAUGCACCAGCCGCCGUUACGCUCGAGCAAGCGAUCGGACAGGGUGAAAUUUCCACCAACGAUCUGAUCGUGCGCGAUCCCAAGAGCGGUACGGUGAUCAGUCUCGCGGAGGCGAUUCGCAGCGAGUUGGUAGAUCCUGCCGCCGGUUUGGUGGUAGACUCCGCGUCCGGCUUGAGCAUGGGCCUUGGGGAGGCGAUGGAUCGGGGGCUGAUUGUGGCGUCGAAGCGGCGCUGCAGCCUGCCGGACGCCGUGUACCGAGGGCUGUACGAUCCAAAGUCGGGCCAGUUCAGCAGCACCACCACGCCCGAACGGAUGUCUACCGAGCGGGCGAUACGGCGCGGGUUGUUGGAUCCGGAAUCGACGAUCGUCACCGUCGGUGGCAAGAUCGUUCCGUUCGAGCUUGCGAUCGAGAACGGUACGGUGGAUGUGCGCCGGGGAACGAUUCGCGACGAUGAAGGGGUGCGCAUCGAUUUCCGAGAGGCGUUCGAUCGCGGUUUGCUGGUGGAAGUCCGCAAACCAAUUGGGUUGAGUGAGGCCGUACUGAAGGGAAUUUAUCGCGAAGGUAACGGAAAGUUCGUGGAGCCUAAGACGGGCAAAAAAUUAACGCUCGAGCAGGCGAUUGCGGGCAAACUGAUCGAUCCACACUCUGUGCAGGUGCGUGACGCGACCACAGGGUACUACAAGGAUCUGGAUCUGAACGAAGCGAUAGCGACACAGUUUAUCGAUGGAGAUAGCUCCAAGGUACGGCACGGUGAUGGGUGGAUAACGCUGAAGCACGCGUUCGACAUCGGGCUGCUGUACGACCGGAAGGCCCCGGUAAGCCUGCAGCGAGCCAUCCACCAGGGCAUCUACGACGACAAGACGGGCAAAUUCGUUGAGCCCGCUACCGGUCGCAAGAUCACGCUGCAGGAAGCGACGCGCAAGUUUAUCAUCAAUCCGCAGCUUCCGUGCUACUUUAACGAGCGGGACGAAACCAUGCUCAAUCUGUUCGAGGCGUGCCGGGCGAAGCUGAUCGACCGGCGGGAGGGCGUAUUCCGCGAGCCGGGCAGUGAGGUAUUUAUCCCGCUGAGUGAAGCGCUCGCUCUCGGUCUCAUCGUGGACAUUGAAAGUGCAGGCUUUGGGCUGUACGAAACGCUAGCGAUGGGUUUCUAUCGACCCCAGACGGGGCAGAUUCUGCACCCGAUCACGGGCAGACAGAUAACGCUGGAGGAGGCCUGCGAUGAGGACAUUGUAAGUCCGGCGGCAUCGAUUGUAAAGAUUGCUUCCACGGGUCGGUACGUCCGGUUGGACGAGGCUAUCGAACAGGGUGUGGUAGAUGCGCAGGCGGGGAUGUACAACCUGCCGGAGGGGAAGAUUAACCUGCAGGAAGCACGUCGCAGGGGUCUGAUCGUGACGAACCAGAAGCUACUCUCGCUAGAGAAAGCCAUAAAGAUGGGGCUAUACCGAGGCGACGAGGGUGGCUUUGUUGAACCCAGCUCGGGUGACUUGCUCAACCUGCAGGAAGCGCUCGAUGCCGGUCUGCUCGAUUUCGAAACGACCGUGUACAAGGACGCAAUCACCGGUCAGGAUAAGCCGUUGCGUGCCGCCAUGCAUCAGGCCGACAUUGACGUGGACAAGGGCAAGGUGCUCGAUCGCAAGAACGAUCGUGCGUACAACUUUGACGUCGCGUUCGGCAAGGGUCUGCUGGUAACGGUUAACCGUCCAAUCACGGGCAAAAUCCUGGAGCGCAAGGAAUCGAUCGAUAACCUGCUCCAGGAGUCGCCCAUCGGCAGGGGGCCGAAGGAAAUGAGCCUGCAGGACGCUCUGCGCCACGAUCUGCUCUCGCUCGAGGUGUCUGUGGUGCGCGAUCCACGCACCGGGUUGUUUGUGCCGCUCCGGCAAGCGCUGCAGGACGGUGUCCUGCAGGAAGGUGCCCGUGCAACCGUCGAUCCCAAGCUGCUCUUCUUCACCUUCGACAACGACUGCGUAGUGUACGUGCGCGAACCGCUCAGCUUCGAUCGGGCCGUCGAGUGCCAGCUGCUCGAUCUAACGACAGGCCGCUUUUUGUCCGUACCGUCUGCAUCCUCCACCGCCCAACCCGGUCCAGCCCCGAGCUCCGAGCCAUCGGCCGCCACCAUCACCCUCCGGGACGCCAUCGUGCAGGGGCUGAUCGAUCCCGAGUCGGUCCUGCUGAAGGACGGUGCCAAGCGCAAGCUGCUGCACCUGCCGGAAGCUUUCCGCAAGGGUUUAAUCGAGCCGGAAAAAUCGAACGUGCUGGAUACGGCCAGCUCGAAGCUGGUCCCGCUGCAGGCGGCCGUCGAGACCGGGCUGCUGACGACGCCCCGGCGUGCGUUCGGGCUGCUCGAGGCGCUCGACUAUCAGCUGUACGCGCCGGCCGAGGGCAACUUCCGCGAUCCGUUCCACCAUGCGGCCCCGGCCCGGACGCUCGCGGCCACGAUCGAGGCCGGCCUGAUCGAUCCGUCCACGACGGUGGUGCGCGACAGUGUCGGUAAAGGUAGCGCCAUUGUGCCGCUCGCGUCCGCCAUCGCGAGCGGGCUGGUCGAUGCCGGGCGCGGCCAAUACCACGGCGACGAUCGCGAACCGAUCGAUCUCGUGCAGGCGCGCGAGAAAGGAUAUCUAUUGCUAGCGGAGCAACGGCAAGCAGUGAUUGAGAAAUUCGCUCUCUGUGAGGACCACCUGGCCAAGCUCCUGGAAUGGAUAACUCGUGUCGAACAAGACAUUGCCGCCGUGGGAGGACCCAAGGAACGCGUCGACGAUCUGCGCAACCAGAUCAACUCGCUGAAGCAAAUCAAGGAAGACAUCGAUGGACAGAGCCGUCCCGUUGCUUCCUGCUUGGAUCAAGUGCGUCAGCUCGUGCUGACCGGUGGAGAUGUGCUGAGCGCACCCGAGGUAGCCGCCCUCGAGACGUCGGGCCGUGAACUGCGCGCCCGUGUCGACAAGGCGCAGGAUCGCACCGGCAAACUGCUGCGUCGCCUGGGAGCUGCCCGCGACGAGCUGGGCAAGCUGCGCACCGAGCUCGAUACGUUCUCCAGCUGGCUGCAGUCGUCGCGCCGCACGCUAGAGGACAAAGAAAGCACGCUGUCCGAUCUGCACAAUCUGCCCUCGCAGUCCGACACGGUGAAGGAGUUCCACAGCGACGUGAUUGCCCAUCAGGCGGAUUUGCGCUUCAUCACGAUGUCGGCCCAGAAGUUUGUCGACGAGUGCAAGGAUUAUCUGGGCGUGCUGAACGAUUUCCGCACCACGCUGCCGGAUCGUUUGCCGCACAUUGAGCAAAUAUCCAGCUCGGACAGUCCGAUUCGUCAGGAGGUGUCGCUAGUGACGGCCCAGUACCGCGAUCUGCUGAACCGUGCCAACGCGCUGUUGGAUCGUUUGGCCGGGCUCGGCAAUCGUCAGCGAGACUAUCAGGAAUCGCUGGAAAAGGUGCGCAGCUGGUUGCGUGACGUGCAGCCGCGCGUCAGCAGCGUCCUUUCGGACCCGAUCGCGGCUGAUCCGCAAUCGGUGCAGGACCAGAUGAAUCAGACGAAGGCGCUGCAGAGCGAAUUCCUGUCGCAGGGCCGUCUGCUGGACAAUGUACAGCACAGUCUCGAUGCGCUGCUGAAAUCGCUAGCUGGCCGGUUGAGCCCGUCAGAAGUGUCCGCGCUGGAGAUACCGGUAGAGGAGGUGAAGGACAAGUACAGCCAGCUGCUGGAAGCGCUUGGCGAUCGUUCGAAGCUGCUCGACACGGCCCUGGUACAGUCGCAGGGUGUACAGGAUGCACUGGACGGACUCGCCGUGUGGAUCAACCAGUCGGAGGAGAAGUUCAAGCUGCAGAACCGUCCGGCCUCGCUGAUAAAGGAUCGUCUCAACGAGCAGGUGCGCGAACACCGUGGCCUGCUGAACGAUCUCGAGUCGCACCGCACGAGCCUCGAAAGUGUAACGCUCUCGGCGCAGGAGCUGAUGGCUACGCCUUCCAACACGCGUCUCGCCAAGCGCAUCGAGAGCAACCUGAGCGACGUGACGGGACGCUUCGAGAAGCUGCUGGACAAGGCGCUGAAGCGGGGCGAAUUCCUGGAGGACACCAUGUCCCAGCUUACGAAGUUCCUGAACGAUUCAUCCAAUCUGGAACACGAGCUGACGGCACUGAACGAAUCGCUCGAGGGACGUGAGCUGGCCUCGCUGCCGGCGGAAGUGUUUGCCCAGCGCAUGGUGGAGCUGUCCCGGCUGAAGGAAGAUUUGCGCCCGCAGUACGAAGCCACGGUUCGGCUGGGCAAGGAUCUGGUCGCCAAGCGCGACGUGACCGAUACGGGCGUGGUGCGCGAUCUGGUGAAGGUGCUGGAGAACCUGUGGAAGACGACGGUCACCACGCUGGAGGAGAAGCUGAAGCUGUCCAAGCAGAAGGCGGAACAGCUGCACGCGUACGAGAACCUGAAGGAUCAGGUGCUGGUGUGGCUUUCGAGCAUUGAGACGCGCACGAACAACCUGGCACCGGUGGCGGUCGAUGUCGAUGCGAUCAAGUUCCAGAUCGAGGAGGUUCGCCCGCUCGUCAAGGAGCAUCGCGAGUACGGUGUGACGAUCGAUCGCGUCAACGAUCUCGGCGCCCAGUACGAUGCGCUGAUUCGCCCGGACAGUCCGACGCGCAAGCGCUCGGUGUACAGCCCGAUCAAGCGGUCGAACGUGAGCCCGAUGCGGCGCAUGUCGGGCGAUGCACGAUCGCCCAGCCCGACCAAGGGUGGUCCGUCGCCGCUAUCGCCCGCGAGCGGAUCGAGCGGAUUCGGUAGCCGGCGAUCGUCGCAGGACGGUUUCCAGCUAACCGAUCUGACUCCGAUCCAGCAGCAGCUGACGGAAAUCAACAACCGGUACAGUCUGGUCGGGGCCCGGCUGAACGAUCGCCAGAAUGAGCUGGAUUCGGUGCGCGACGAGGUGCGCAAGCACCAGGAGAAUCUGAAGACGCUCGCCAGCUUCCUGGACAAAAUUCACCGCCAGGUGCCGCGUGACGUCAUCGGCAACAAGGAGGAGGCGGACCGGUGCAACAAGCAGGCGCGCAAGAUUCUCGAGGAGAUGUACGAACGGCAAAGCCUGCUCGACUCGACCAAGGCGCAGGUGAAGGAUCUGCUGAAGCGUAAGCCGGACGUGCAGGGCGCGGAGCGGCUGCGGGCCGAGCUGGACACCGUUGCCGAUCGCUGGAAGAACCUGAACGAUCUGUGCAAGGAUCGCAUCACGUUCUCGGAGCAUCUGCGCGACUUCCUCGACACGCACGACAAUCUGAACACGUGGCUGGCGGCGAAGGAGCGCAUGCUGACCGUGCUGGGACCGAUCUCGUCGGACCCGCGUAUGGUGCAGAGCCAGGUGCAGCAGGUGCAGGUCCUGCGGGAGGAGUUCCGCGGCCAGCAGCCGCAGCUGAACCACCUGCAGGAGGUUGGCAAUGCCGUGCUGGAGCAUCUGCGCGAAUCAUCGCCCGAAGGGCAGGCCGUCUCGACGAAGCUGCGCAACGUGCAGAAGAAGUGGGACGAGCUGGUGGCCCGAUUGGACGAGCGUGCCCAAAGCCUCGGUGCCGCUGCCGACAGCUCGAAGGAGUUCGAUGCCGGGCUGAACCGCUUGCGCGAGGCACUGCAGACGAUUAGCGAUAAUCUCGACUCGCUGCCAACGGACCGGGACCAUCAGGAGACGCUGCGCAAGAUCGAGAACCUUGAGCGCCAGCUGGAGGGCCAGCGGCCGCUGUUGGCCGACUCGGAAGCGGCCGCCGAAACGCUCUGCCGCGUGCUGAGCGAUCCAGUGUCGCGUGCCGACGUGAACGCGCGCGUUGCUGCCGUCGGCAAGCAGUACCAGACGCUGCAGAAGAAGCUCGACAUGCGCAAGGCCGAAACGGAUGCGGCACUGCGCGACGGUCGCCAGUUUGCGGAAACGUGCGCCAAGACGCUGGGCUGGCUGUCGGGCGAGCUGGGCAACCUGACCGAUCGCUUGCUCGUGUCGGCCCACCGGCCGACGCUGCAGCACCAGAUCGACACGCACGAGCCGGUGUACCGGGAGGUGAUGGGCCGGGAGCACGAGGUGAUCAUGCUGCUGAACAAGGGGCGCGAUUUGCAGGACCGGCCGGGCCAAACGACGGACCGCGGGAUGCAGCGCGAUCUGGAGAAGAUUGCCCAGCAGUGGGACCGGCUUCGGUCCGCCGCCGUCGACCGCCACUCGCGGCUGCAGACGUGCAUGGAGCACUGCAAGAAGCAUGCGGCCGCGUCGGAAGCGUUCCUGUCGUGGCUGCGCGGCGCCGAGGACAAGCUGUCCCUGCUGAAGCCGGGCCUGCUGAAGAAGCAGCAGCUCGACCAGCAGCUGCGCGACCUGCAAACCUUCCGCAGCGACGUGUGGAAGCGUUCGGGUGAGUACGAGACGUGCCGCAGCCUGGGCGAAACGUUCAUCGGCGCGUGCGACGUGGACAAGGAGGCGAUCAAGGCGGAGCUGCAGGACAUGAAGGAUCGCUGGGAGCGGCUGAACAACGAGCUGCUGGCACGUGCGCAAACGCUCGAAACGUGUGCCAAGCGGUUGGGCGACUUCAACGAGGAGCUGCGCGAUCUCGACCACGCCGUCGGGCGCUGCGAGGACCGUCUUGCGGCGCACGACGCGCUGGGCGGUGCGGCGAAGGAUCCGAAGCUGCUGGAGCGCGUCCGUGCCAUCAAGGAUGAUGCCGCGGCACUGCGCAAACCGCUGCAGUCGGUGCGUAAGCUGGCGGGUGAAAUCGCGGCUGAAGCUCGGGCUGCCGGCGGCGACGGUGAUCAUCUGAAGUCGGAGGUGGAUGGUAUUUCCGAUCGCAUUGAAGAUCUGCACGCUCGCUUGGAUGACCGGUGUGGUGAGCUGCAGUCGGCCGCUACCGCGGUGUCGCAGUUCAACGAUCAGGUGAAGCUGCUCGGCGUGGAUUUGAACGAUCUGGAGCAACAGGUUGAUUCGCUGCAUCCACCAGCGCGCGAGAUUAAGGUCGUGCUGAACCAGCUGGACGAGGUGGCCGGCAUACUCGGCAAGAUCGACCGGGCCGCGUCGAACGUGAGCGAGGUGGAACGUGCCGGCGAGCAGCUGGUCGACUGUGGCUUCGCGCCCGACACUGCCCAAACGCGGGACCAGAUCGGAACGCUGCGCAAGCAGCUCGGUCGGCUGGAGAACCGGGCCCGCGAUCACGACGAUGCGCUGCAGCGCGCACUGAAGGCGCUGGAGAAGUUCUACGACUUGCACCAGCACACGCAGGAAGAUUUGGGCGACGUGAGCGAUCAGCUGAAAAAGAUGAAGCCGGUCAGCUCGGAGCUGGAGCAGAUUCGCCACCAGCAGGAGGACUUCCGCCGAUUCCGCCAGCGCGUGGUGGAACCGCUCACCGGCAAGAUCGAUGAGCUGAACCGUCUGGGACAGGAUCUGAUCCGCUCGGCGCAGGGCGGCGUACCGACCGCACUGCUCGAGAAGGACCUGGAGAAGAUCAACGAUCGCUGGAACGACCUGAAGGAGAAGAUGAAUGAGCGCGAGCGCCGGCUCGAUGUGGGUCUGCUGCAGUCGGGCAAGUUCCAGGAAGCGCUGGACGGGCUGUCCGAAUGGUUGAAGGUGACGGAGGAGAUGGUUGCCAACCAGAAGCCACCGUCGGCGGACUACAAGGUCGUGAAGGCGCAGCUUGCCGACCAGCCGUUCCUGAUGAAGAUGCUGUCUGAUCGGCAGGAAACGAUGGCAUCGAUGUUCGAGCUGGGCCAAGAAGUGGCCGCUGGAUGCGACGCGUCCGAGAAGGCCGCCAUCGAACGGCAGCUGAAGGAGCUGAUGCGGCGGCUGGACGAUCUAACCGAUGCGGCCCAGCGCCGUACGCACGACCUGGAGCAGGCGAUGCACGUGGCGAAGCAGUUCCAGGAUCAGCUGAUCCCCCUGACCAAGUGGCUGGACGGUGCGGAGCGCGCCGUGAAGGCGAUGGAGCUGGUGCCGACGGACGAGGAGAAGAUUCAGGCGCGCAUUCGCGAGCACGAGCAGCUGCACGACGAAAUUCUGUCCAAGAAGCCCGACUUUACCGAGCUGGCCGACAUUGCCGCUCAGCUGAUGGAGCUGGUCGGCGAUGAUGAGGCGGUGACGCUUAGCGAGAAGGUCAAGAACACGACCGACCGGUACACGGAUCUGGUGGUGGCUAGCGAAAACAUUGGCCACGUGCUGAACGAAUCGCGGCAGGGACUGCGCCACCUGGUGCUGACCUAUCAGGAUCUGGUUUCGUGGAUGGAGAAGACGGAGGGUAGACUGCAGCGGUUCAAGAUCAUCCCGGUGCACACCGAGAAGCUGCUCGAGCAGAUGAACGCGCUGGUAAUGCUGAACGAGGAGAUUGCCAGCCGCUCGCCGAACGUGGAGUCGACGGUGGAGGCCGGCUCGGAACUGAUGAAGCACAUCUCCUCCGACGAGGCGUUGCAGCUGAAGGACAAGCUGGACUCGCUGCAGCGUCGCUACGGCGAGCUGACGACGAAGGGUGGCGAUCUGCUGAAGCACGCGCAGGAUGCCCUCCCGCUGGUGCAGCAGUUCCACGAUAGCCAUCUGCGCCUGGUGAACUGGAUGCAGGCGGCCGAAGCUUCGCUUGCAACGGGCGAUGCGAAUGAGAACGAUAUCGCUCGCCUCGAGGCGGAGCUGAGCGAAAUCCGUCCACUGCUGGAGCAGGUGAAUUCGAUCGGUCCGCAGCUGUGUCAGAUUUCGCCCGGCGAAGGCGCGUCGACGAUCGAGGGCAUUGUGACGCGCGACAACCGUCGCUUCGAAGCGAUCGUCGAGCAGAUCCAGCGCAAGGCCGAGCGUCUGCACUUGAGCAAACAGCGCUCGAACGAGGUAACGGCCGAUAUCGACGAGCUGCUGGAGUGGUUCCGCGACAUGGACGCUACGCUGCGCGAUGCCGAUCCUCCGGCAAUGACACCGAAGCUGGUACGUACGCAGCUGCAGGAGCAUCGGUCCAUCAACGACGACAUCUCGAGCCAGAAGGGACGCGUGCGCGAUGUAACGGCCGCCGCGAAGAAGGUGCUGCGCGAAUCGCAACCGAACGACAACACGAUUGCGCUGCGCGAGAAGCUCGAGGACCUGAAGGAGGUCGUCGAAACGGUGGCCGCACUGUGCUCGAACCGUCUGUCGGUGCUCGAGCAGGCGCUGCCACUGUCGGAGCACUUUGCCGACUCGCACACCGGGCUCGCGACCUGGCUGAACGACAUGGAGCAUCAGAUCUCGAUGCUGUCGAUGCCGGCCCUGCGCCCCGACCAGAUCGCCAUCCAGCAGGACAAGAACGAGCGGCUGACGCAGUCGAUCGCCGAGCACAAGCCGCUGCUGGACAAGCUGAACAAAACGGGCGAAGCGCUGAUGGCACUGGUCGCGGACGACGAUGCGGCCAAGAUUGGCGAGAUACUGGACUCGGACAAUGCGCGGUAUGCCGCGCUGCGCACGGAGCUGCGCGAUCGCCAAAAUGCGCUCGACCAGGCGCUGCAGGAGUCGGCCCAGUUCUCGGACAAGCUGGAGGGUAUGCUGCGCGCGCUGCAAAACACCGCCGAGCAGGCCAACCAGGCCGAUCCGAUCUCGGCCCAUCCGCCCAAGAUUCGCGACCAAAUCGACGAAAACGUGGCGCUGGUGCAGGACAUCGAUAAGCGCGGGGAAGCGUUCGCCGCGGUACAGCGUGCGGCGAGCGAUGUCAUCUCGAAGGCUACGAACCAGUCGGAUCCGGCCGUGCGCGACAUCAAGAAGAAGCUGGACAAGCUGAACGCACUGUGGGGCGAUCUGCAGAAGACGACGGCGAAGCGGGGCACGGCGCUGAACGAUACGCUCGGCGUGGCGGAGAAGUUCUGGAAGGAGAUGCAGGCGGUGAUGGAGACGCUGAAGGAGCUGCAGGAGGCGCUGCAGACGCAGGAACCGCCCGCCGCCCAGCCGCAGGCGAUCCAGAAGCAGCAGGUCGCGCUGCAGGAGAUUCGCCAGGAGAUCGACCAAACCAAGCCGGAGGUGGAGCAGGUGCGCCGCACCGGCAGCAACCUGAUGUCGCUGUGCGGCGAGCCGGACAAGCCGGAGGUGAAGAAGCACAUCGAAGACUUGGACAACGCGUGGGACAACAUUACGGCGCUGUACGCGAAGCGCGAGGAGAACCUGAUCGACGCCAUGGAGAAGGCGAUGGAGUUCCACGAGACGCUGCAGAACCUGCUGAGCUUCCUGAAGCGGGCCGAGGAGCGGUUCCAGAACCUUGGACCGCUCGGCUCGGACAUCGAGGCGGUGAAGAAGCAGAUCGAGCAGCUGAAGCACUUCAAGGACGACGUCGACCCGCACAUGGUGGAAGUGGAGGCAUUGAACCGACAAGCGGUGGAACUGACGGAACGUACCUCAGCCGAACAGGCUGGCGCCAUUCGUGAGCCACUGAAUGCGGUCAACCGCCGGUGGGAGAACCUGCUGCGCGGUAUGGUCGAGCGGCAGAAGCAGCUGGAGCAUGCGCUCCUGCAUCUCGGCCAGUUCCAGCACGCGCUGAACGAGCUGCUGGUGUGGAUCAACAAGACCGACGCCAACCUGGACGAGCUGAAACCGAUCCCAGGCGAUCCGCAGCUGCUGGAGGUGGAGCUGGCCAAGCUGAAGGUGCUGGCAAACGACAUCCACGCCCACCAGAGCUCGGUCGACACGCUGAACGAUGCGGGCCGCAAGCUGAUCGAGAACGAUCGCGGCUCGCUGGAAGCGUCCACCACGCAGGACAAGCUGCAGCAGCUGAACAAGCAGUGGCGCGAUCUGCUGCAGAAGGCGGCCGACCGCCAGCACGAGCUGGAGGAGUCGUUGCGCGAGGCGCAAGCGUUCACGGCCGAAAUUCAGGACCUGCUUGGCUGGCUGGGCGAUGUCGAUGCGGUGAUCAGUGCGAGCAAACCGGUCGGCGGUCUGCCCGAGACGGCGUCCGAGCAGCUCGAGCGCUUCAUGGAGGUGUACAACGAGCUGGAGGAAAACCGCGCCAAGGUGGAGACGCUGAUCGCGCAGGGCCAGGAGUACGUGCGCAAGCAGACGCAGCUGCAGGUGUCGGCUAGCAACCUGCAGCACACGCUGCGCACGCUGAAGCAGCGCUGGGACGCGGUGGUGUCGCGCGCCUCCGACAAGAAGAUCAAGCUGGAGAUCGCGCUGAAGGAAGCGACCGAGUUCCACGACGCGCUGCAAGCGUUCGUCGAAUGGUUGACGCAGGCCGAGAAGCAGCUGUCGAGCGCGUCGGCCGUGUCGCGCGUGCUGGAGACGAUCCAGCAGCAGAUGGAGGAGCACAAGGUGCUGCAGAAGGACGUGUCGAUCCAUCGCGAGUCGAUGCUGCUGCUGGACAAGAAGGGCACGCACCUGAAGUACUUCAGCCAGAAGCAGGACGUGAUUCUGAUCAAGAAUCUGCUCGUCUCGGUGCAGCACCGGUGGGAGCGGGUGGUGGCAAAGGCCGCCGAGCGUACCCGCGCACUGGACCACGGCUACAAAGAGGCGCGCGAGUUCCACGACGCUUGGGUGCAGCUGACCGGCUGGCUGAAGGAGACGGAGAAAACGCUCGAUACGCUGGCGGAGGAAACGAGCAACGAUGCGGUCAAGAUCAAGAAGCAUCUCGAGAAGUUGCGCGAAAUCCAGCGCAAUCUGCAGUCGAAGGAAAGCUUCUACGAUAGCACGAUGCGCAACGGCAAGGGACUGAUGGACCGGGCGCCGAAGUCGGACGAACCGGUGCUGUCCAAGAUGAUGGGCGAGCUGAAGGACGCGUGGAAGCGGGUCUGUCACAAGAGCGUCGAGCGGCAGCGCAAGUUCGAGGAGGCACUGCUGCUGUCCGGCCAGUUUGCCGACGCGCUGCAGGCCCUGCUCGAUUGGCUGCGCAAGACGAAGGCGCGCCUGGCGGAGGACGGCCCGGUGCACGGCGAUCUCGACACGGUAACGACGCUGGUCGAGCAUCACCGGCAGCUGGAGUCGGAUCUGGACAAGCGGUCGGCCCAGAUGCAGAGCGUCAUGAAGACGGGGCUCGAGCUGGAGCGCUCGGAUGAGACGCGCGAAACUAGCAAGCAUCUGAAGGAGAUGCAGCGCCUGUGGGACGAUGUGCAGGACCUGAGCGGCCGGCGCAAGAGCCGUCUGGACGUGGCGCUGAAGGAAGCGGAGCGGCUGCACAAGUCGGUGCACAUGCUGCUCGAGUGGCUGUCGGAGGCGGAGCAGAAGCUGCGCUUCGCGGCGGCCGCACCGGACGAUGAGUCGCAGGCGAAGGAUCUGCUCGACACGCACGCCAAGUUCAUGAAGGAGCUGCGCGAGAAGGAGUACGACAAGGAGGACACGAUCGGGCUGGCAAACAGCAUCCUCGGCAAGGCGCACCCGGACGCGAUACCGAUCAUCAAGAACUGGAUCUCCAUCAUCCAGUCGCGCUGGGACGAGAUCUCGCAAUGGGCGAUCAGCCGCCAGACCAAGCUGGAGCAGCAUCUGAAGGAUCUGCAGGAUCUGGACGAAUCGAUCGAGGAGCUGCUCGCUUGGUUGGCCGGAUUGGAAGCAACGCUGCUAAAUCUGGAAACGGAACCACUGCCGGAUGAAAUUCCACCGCUAGAGGUGCUGAUUGCGGACCACAAGGAGUUCAUGGAAAAUACGGCGCGCCGUCAAGGUGAGGUCGACCGUGCGUGCAAACCACGCCAACCGCCACCGGGCCUGAAGGAAACGCGUAAACCGUCCCGUGGUGUACUGAAGACACCCAUUAAAGGAUCUCAGGCCGAUCUUCGUGAGCAUUCACCCGACUACGGCACCCUAGGACGCAAGCAGAGCUUUAAGGGAUCGCGUGAUCAAGGCCUGAAUUCACGUCGCACAAGCCGCGCAACCCAGAGUCCUGGACGCGAAACGCAAACACCGGAACGGGAUCGGUUGCCACAUUACGGUCCACGGUUUUCGACAAGCAACCAAGCGGACACGGAGCUCCGUUCGCCGCGUGCGAAGCUGCUGUGGGAGAAGUGGCGCUACGUGUGGAUGCUGGCAUGGGAACGCCAGCGGCGCCUGCACGACCACAUGCUCUACCUGCAGGAUGUGGAGCGCGUCCGGCAGUUCAGCUGGGAGGAGUGGCGCAAGCGCUUCCUCAAGUUCAUGAACCACAAGAAGUCCCGCCUGACGGAUCUGUUCCGCAAGAUGGACAAGGAUAACAACGGUCUGAUACCGCGCGAGGUGUUCAUCGAUGGAAUUAUUGGCACAAAGUUCGACACGUCCAAGCUGGAGAUGGGCGCCGUAGCCGAUCUGUUCGAUCGCAACGGCGAAGGACUGAUCGAUUGGCAGGAGUUCAUUGCGGCGCUGCGACCGGACUGGCAGGACCGCAAACCGAAGACUGAGGCGGACAAGAUCCACGACGAGGUCAAGCGGUUGGUCAUGCUGUGUACGUGUCGGCAGAAGUUCCGCGUGUUCCAGGUCGGCGAAGGAAAAUAUCGAUUCGGUGACUCCCAGAAGCUUCGCUUGGUGCGCAUCCUGAGAAGUACAGUGAUGGUCCGCGUCGGCGGUGGAUGGGUGGCGCUGGACGAAUUCCUGGUGAAGAACGAUCCUUGCCGAGUGGCCUUAGUUCUACCACUACCGAACCCGAACGAUCCGCGCCAGCACGAAGCCUGCUGUCCGUUGUCCAAGGGACGUACAAACAUCGAACUACGUGAGCAGUUCAUACUGGCCGACGGUGUGUCGCAGUCGAUGGCCGCCUUUAAGCCGCGUAUGUCUGGCUCGGCCGGUUCCGGAUCGAAUCAAACCAGCUCGCCGAUACCAACACAAGGUCCUAUUGUGAAGGUACGCGAACGUUCGGCAAAGUCGAUUUCCAUGUCGCGACCGUCGCGCUCGUCACUGUCCGCGUCGACGCCGGACUCGCUCAGCGAUAACGAAAGUGGAAUUGGAACGCCCGGACGCUUCCAGACGCCCAGCCGCAAAUCUUCAGUGCCAGCCAGUCGAUCUCAGAUGACACCGGGUGGUUCGAGGGCCAACUCACGCCCUAGUUCACGACCAGCCAGCCGGGCCGGUUCGAAACCACCGUCCCGGCACGGGUCCACCCUGUCGCUGGACAGCACGGACGAUGCAACGCCAUCGCGCAUUCCUACCCGCCGGCUAACGCAAACAUCGACACCGCGGCCAUCGCGCCUGUCGGUCGGAUCCGUUUCGGGUCGCACGGGCACAACCACCACCACCACCACGAACGGUGUCUCAUCGCGAACGGCUUCCGGUGCUGCCUCACCUGCUCCGACGAGAAACGGUGGCAUGAGUCGAUCAUCCAGUAUACCAACACUAAUAGGACUACCAAAUAGCAGUCAACCUCGCUCACGGAUUCCCGUCCGUCAAACUUCCAAUGUAUCGAACUCUUCGUCAGCGACGGGAAAAACGAGCGGUGCAUCAACACCGUCCGGCAUGCAGACACCACGCCGCACCUCGGUAGAGCCCGGCACGGCACCACCGCGACCGGAAAGUCGCAACUCCCGGGGCACGACGCCGAGCGAAAAGCGUGCACCGUUCCGGCUGUAAGGAGCGAACGUACUGUUAGUGUAUGUGCCAGAAAAGGAAAGUAAGAAGAAAACAAUCAUCAACAUCAGCCCCCCACCAACGGUUUCGCUAUCCCCAGAUCAAAAAACAAACACGAACCACGAAAAACGAGAAACAACAUCUGAUCGAAAAGAAUUGAGAAACGAAGAAACCGAACGGGCUAGUAGUAAACGGGGAUAGUAGUAGCAGGUUGUAGUGGAUUUAGGAUCCCCAAACUACAGUGGAGACAAAAAAACUGUAGCUUUGAAACGUUAAAAACCAAGGAGAAGGAACAACAGAAUUGUUCAGUGAAAAAUGUGAAGAAAAAAGUUUUACAAACCCGGAAAGGGCAGGAAGAAAGUGAAGGAAAAAAGUAGAAUGAAGUGCAUUUUCUAGGCGCCAUAAUUCCAGUGAACAUGCGUGUAGGCGUCCUUUUAUUUUACAGCAGAGUGUAUGUAACAAGCAGGAAAAGGAAACAGCAAAUUUGUGAAUAUAUUUUCUAUCAAAAACACAAAACAAAGAAUGAUAAAGAGAGGGAAACAGAUGUAAAAACGUAUUCGCAAACGAAAAGAAACAUCACGAGUAAAAGGAGAUUGCAAAAACAAAACGCUCGAAUAUGCAGAAAGUGUUCAACAGCAACGAACAAGAACGAUUAAGGAAAAGAAUUGAAAAAAAGUUUAGUUGCGCAGAAAAAAAAAGGUAAAAAUCGCCAGUUUUGCCCUUUUUCUGUAGUGGUUAAGCUGACAAUUCUUGGAACUUGAAGGAGAAAAAGGGCACAACCUUUGCAAUUAAAGGUUGCCUUUCUUUGUUUUCCAUUUUGUUGUUUAUUAUUAUUAUUAUCUUCUUUUUGUUGUAGUUUAUUUUUCUACUUUCACUCAUAUGUUUCUUUCUUCAUUCUUCAACAACUUUCUUUUAUCUCUUUGUUUAGUUUACUUUUAAAGGAUUUAUUUAUUGCCAUUCUUUUGUGUUUAUAAUAACGACUGCUUUAUUUGUUUUCCUUGUUUUUAUUUUUUCAAUUCUCUAAACACAUCCCAUCCCUGUCGUGUGGGAUUUUUUGUUAAAAAAAAGAAAAAAAAGGGAAAGUGUAAAAGAUCGCCAGCUUUUACCCUUUACUCCUUUUUUUUGUUUGCUUUGCCCGAUUAACGAUAGCAUCGAAAAUCGGAAAAAAAGUAUUUCGUGCGAUAAAAAAGAAAGACUUUUGUGCGUGAGAUUUUCUUUCGCCGGUAGCUUUACGACCACAGCACAUUUUGGGAACGUUGGAAAAAAUCGCCAGUUUUUCCUGUCCCAAACGUGUUAUCCUCGUGGGAAACCGCUACCGUGCGGGACAGAAGCUCACUGCAGCGCUGUACACACACACUCUCUGUGUAGUGGUUACCAACUUUUCACGCAAAAGUGCAAGUGCAGCACAGAGCGGCUUGGGAGGGAAAACAUAUUACAAAGCGUAACAAUGGUUCAUUUUUGUGUUGUUUUUUUUUACGAUUUUUUGAGAAGUUGUAGGACGGAGGGUUUUUUAUUUGUUAAAAUGCAUAUUCUUUGCAACACAUGGAAUAUUAUUCUCCCCCUUUUUAAGUUAAAACACAGCGCGAAAAGGGAGCAAAAAGAGGAAAAAAAAGUCAUUUAGUUACUAAGAAAAAGCAACGGAAGAAGUGGCGCGAUGUGUGCGGUAGUGUGGGGUGAUGUUUUUUGAAUGAUAAUAGUGCAGGAAUUUAUUAUUACGAAAAAAAGUCCCAUUUAAUAAGCUCCCCCCAUUGAUCGUGUUCGAAUAUUGUGUUUGUUUUUUUUUUUAAAUAUAGGAUGAACAACGAUAGUGUGAUAGUGUGAAGGUGUGAAUAGGAGAGAGCAAGUGAGCAACGCAAAGUGAACGUAAAAUAGGGAAACACACACACACAUGCCGGCCCAUCGCGCCCACUAUUAUUCGCUUUAUUGAAACUAAUAGUUUUGUAUGUGUUAAUGUGUUUUUUUUUUCAUUAUUUCUUUUAAUUGCUAAACAUCCCUCCGUGUUGUUGUUUUGACCACAGCUCUUGCGCUAAUACAAUAAUAAUUCCUGCUAGACACUAAACAAGAGAAAACCACGGCGAGACUCGGUGCGGUCCGACGCUACCCGGCGGGUCUCGCUCGUAUCUUUUGCCCAUUUGUAAUUAUUAUACAUAUAAACACAACUACCACGUAAAACAAGCAAAACAAUUUAUUAAAGAAUAAAACAACAAAAAAAAGCGCAUGAAGAAGAAGGAGUCGUAGAUAAUCUCUUAGGGUUUUUUUUUUGUUUGUUUGCUUGCUGUACGGCGCAAUUGUUCAGUUAUAGAUGAGUAGGGGUUUCUUUUUUAAUAAAAAGUCAGAAAAAGUUAUACAAAAAAAAACAACGUGCGAGAAACACAACUUUUCCCCCGCAACAUUGGGUGGGGCAAAAAAAUAAUAAUUAACGAUUAACUCUAGCUUAUUUGUAAUUUGUAACAAAUUAAUAACAGAAUUUAAGGAAUUGCGAUAUAGAUAGCGAGAGAGAGUGCGUGCGAGUGAUGCGAGAACGAGAGAUGCGUGUGCGAUUGCACGUGUGGAGUAGAUAGAGCAUAGGACGAGUAAUUUACAUUCUCGGUGGUUUGGCUUCUAUUUGCAGAUAAACAAAAAACAAAACAAAAUGCAAUUUUAAAUCGAUUUUGCUUUAAAACCACAAUUAGAAACCAUGUGUUUUUGCGCAUAACAAGCAAUGUAAACGAAAAUGCUACCCUUCGUGGUAGAGAAAGCAACGCUUAAUACAAAAAUAAAGCUAUUUGUUAAUUUAAAAAAGCAAAUGCAGCAGAAACGAGCAAAAAGCAACAAGAUUAUCUGCAAGUAAAGGCGCAACCGAUGAAACCGAAGAAGAAGGAGUGUGAACCGAAGGAAGAAGGAAGACAAACUGUUCUAAAAAAUUAAUAAAGACGAAACAACAGUUAUUAAUCAACAAA